ACUGCAAGCUACAGCAUCGAACUUAGAAAUGCGUGCAUUUAAAACGCGAUAUUUAUCACGGAUUAGGCGAAAUUUGUGUCGAAAGAUGGAAAAUUUAUGAGAUAAGUGACCCUCAUACGUAAAUUUCAUUUUGGUCCUGUUUAUAACUCAGUUCAAGACCAUGUUUUAGCUGACUAGCUCGGUACUGUGAGUUUACAAUGCAUCAGGUGCUUAGCCGACUGGUUCAUUCAACGUCCAGGAUUUAAGAAUUUACUUCUAACGACCAAGGGAAACGGGUGGCCUAAAUAUGGACAAUAGCACCAUUUAUGUCCGAGAAAAAGGCAGCCUUCGUCGUGUUGGUGACAUAGUCCUGGCACAGCCAAAGCCAGUGUCAUCUUGCAGAAGGACAAAUCCGUUUGUGCUGAGAAAAGAGCACUUCAUAUUCACCUACAACGCAGAGGGAAGUCUGAGAUACACAACAAAAUCUCUCUUUGACAUCACUCUGUUGUUCGUGGCUGACAACAUUCAUCAUGUGGACUCUCUGGAGGGCUUCCCUGAGCAAAUAGGAGACAGGCUUUUUGCAGCAGCGGAGGAAAAUCGUGUGUUUUUAAACGGAGACGUUUCUUCAAAAGCUCUGAAGUUAUUCAGUGAUGCUUAUGGGGAGCUGGUGCUUGGAUCUCUGUGUCUGAGAAAUAGAUUUCCACUCUUGCAUGAGAGGAUGAAUGAAAUAAAAACAUUUCACAGUUUAAAGUCUCUGGAUCUGUUUGGCUGCAGACUGGGUGAUGAUCAUGAGAUAUUCCUGCAUCUAACAUCCAGUUCACUGGCGAGGAGCCUCAUUCAGCUUUUCAUUGGUGGGAACAGUCUGUCAGAUGUCGGCCUACAAAGAUUGACCGCACCAAUCCGGGUAAAGAAAAUGGGACUGGACUGUCUUCAGUUCAUUGAUCUCUCCUAUAAUCCCAUCUCUGAGAGAGCGUUCAGAUACCUCACAUGCCUUCCCAGACUUGAAAAACUUGAUGUGUCUGGGACGAGUUUCAAGCUUGGCACAAGAUUGAAGACAACCAUAUGGGAACAGUUGGGGCUCAUUUAUUCAGAGAAACCACUGGACACAUUCAAUCAUAAAGGAUGUAAAACAGAAGGCUGGGCAGAGCAGGUUGUAAACCAGUGGGAAAUAAGUAGCUCUCAAAUGCCAAAGCAGAAGAAGAUUGAGGAGUCCAGAUCUUCAGCACUUCGCUUUUUUGGCAGGCAGAAGUUUGUCCGAGAUGUUCUGAAUGCAGCACCUUUGGUAUGUGACAGCGAGGACGAAGCCAAGAAAGAGAGACUGCAUUUCUACAGACCUGCAGCAAACAGUCUAAAAACGGAGAAUCGCACUUCAUCUGCAACAAACCAUCAAGUGACAUCCUGUCAAAAUACCAAAAAAAGGCAGCGUCAGUCAGAAACGUGUGACAGCUCCUGUCAGAAUCCUCCAACAAAACGUUUGUCCUUGUCUGCUCUCACUGCAGAGGAUGUGGACUUGUUAAACUCUUACUGAAGCAGUUGAACAGGUAGCAUUUCACGAAGAGUGGCAGAUAUCAUGUAAUAAUGAGCCCAAUUAGAUAGAACAUAUUUCAUGUGACAUGUCUGGUGACCUGUGAUUACUUUAUCUUAAAUACAGAUUCAGUUUUUUUUUAUAUUUUUAUAAAUAAAGUGUUCAAUUUUUUU